UGGUCAUUUAAAUAUUUCAAUUUUACGAUAGUUUUGAUUGUAUUUGGUGAAAGUCGUCUGAUAAUUCAGACACCGGGGCCGCAUGUUUGUGUUCGAUAGCAAACAGGAUGUGGUGCGUGAUUUUCAGCCGGAAGUUUUAGAAAUAAACAUCGAGCAGACAUCUAUUUCCUCUCAUCAUCUUCUUCAUCUUUGAACUUUUAAUAAUCUUCGAAAUAUGUUUCUUCUGAAUCUCCAUUUUCAGUACCUUCGUUCGAUUUUAGUGUUGGCGUGGCUAGACUUAAAUGGCCGCCAUGUUUCUUGCGAACCGCUAUCGAAACUGGGGCAAACGACAUCAAAUAAUGGCGAAUAGAAAGCAGGCGGGAUUUUACAUCAGUACAGUAACUGAGAUGAAAGAUGAAGCGUGCUGUGUCACCUGUUACCAUAGAAACAGAAGAUGGCGUAACAGAAACCAUUGAGAUUAUACAGCAAGAUGAAAAGAAGUUGAGACUGGACACCGAUGAACUCAUGAUUGAUGAAGGGGUGGUGUAUGAGGAGGAGGUAAUCCAGCCUCAACAGCCGCCCCCGCAGUACCAGAAUCUGAUCAUUCAGCACAUGGACAUCGCAGAGCCACUCUCCACUCUCAAGAAACUGCUCGAGGUCAGGCUGCAGUGUUGCCUUGGCGACCACCUCUUCUUCCUUCAGGACAGUAUACAGCUGGAUGAAAACAAGAGCCUGGUUGACCAGUGUGUACAGGGAGACGGGAUGGUUCAGAUCAACCUGGAGGUCAAGUCACAGCCAGCAGGCGUUCCUGCUAAGAUCAACAUCCUGGACAUCCUGAAGACGGCCGAAGAGCUGGAGGAGGACCAGACCGUGGAGGAAGUGAGAACCGUGAAUCAGCCAGCGAGCCAGACAAAGGAUGAGUCGGACAACAUCACACGGUGGAUUGUCGAUCAGAACUUCCGACGGGAACAGGAGAGAUUGAAGAUUCCAUACGAUCCAUUUCUAUGGAGCGAAGUUCACGUCAAACACUGGAUUCAGUGGGCGAUCAAGGAGUUUGAGCUACAGAAUGUCGCCAUGGAGAAUUUCGCCAUCACAGGCAAACAGCUGUGUGAACUGACACACCCAGCAUUCAUCAAACUCAUCCCACACGACCCCGGCGAUAUCUUCUGGACUCAUCUCGAACUACUGAGAAAAUGCAAAUUUGUUGCUGUCAUGCAGCAGCCCACUCCACAGGCCAUUACAACGAUCACAGUCUCCACAUCUGACACAGAGCUUUUUUCCGUCUCAGAUCGACGAGGAACAAGCAAGUCCUGGCGGCCACGAUCUCCGAGAAUAACCGGUGAUGAGAGACUGUCGCCUGGCAACAGAACAGGUAACAACGGUCAGAUUCAGCUGUGGCAGUUCCUGCUUGAACUGCUGACGGACAAGGACUGCCGCGAGAUCAUCAUGUGGGUGGGCGACGAGGGCGAGUUCAAACUGAACAACCCGGAGAUGGUCGCUCAGAUGUGGGGGCGGCGCAAGAACAAACCCACCAUGAACUACGAGAAGCUGAGUCGAGCACUGAGGUACUACUACGAUGGAGACAUGAUCGCUAAGGUUCAUGGGAAGAGGUUCGUCUACAAGUUUGUGUGUGACCUCAAGAUGUUGCUAGGUUACAGUGCUGGGGAGUUGAACAGACUGGUCAGCGAGUGUAUAGAACGCAAACUAAACAAUGCACGGGACUCAAUCAGACCGGUCGGUUUGCGUCGGGUGGUGGAGCAGAAAACACAGACGGUGCAGACGAUAUGAUAGUCUAGCGAGGAAAUCAUCUGUGUGAAAUCGCCCAUCUAGAAUCACAUGCGUAAAAAUCACUUGUGUAAGAGAAUCAUAUGCAUAAAAUCACCCAUGUAAAAUCAUAUGUGUAAAAAAAAUCCUGAUACUUACACAGAAUUGUGAUAAGGAAGCUCUCGUGUAUGAGUGUGUGCGUAAGCAAAAAUAACGUGUUGCCAAUGGUAACGUAAAGUGAAAUUAGCGGAUGAAACCGGUAUGUUGCAGACGGUGCCCUCAUCUCUUGAAGUCAUACUUGAACAACAGCGUAGUUUAUGUGAUGUGAUUCCAAGGUUUGAGACUUAAAGAGAAUAUUACUGUUUAUUGUAAACAAAUGUGUUGGGAAUCACAGGAUGAGUUUCAUUAAAGAGACUGUUCCUCAGUUUGCAGCUAUUGUGACAUGUUUCUGACUAACAGAUGGUAUUUUAAAUAACUAAAAUUAUUUAUUAAUUAAAUGUUCAUGUGUAGCAGGAUUUCAUGUUUUCGCAAAUACCAGAAUUUAGGUUGGAAAAAUAAUAUGACAUGGAAUCCCCCAAAAUCGGUAUUACACUAUCUUUAUGAUUCCAGCAGUAUCCUUAAAAAAGAAAAAAUUCUGUGCUAGAAUAUAAUUUUCUGUAUAAUAUAUAUUAUUAGGUGUUUUUGUAUUGUAAUAAUGUUUGUGGGCCAAACUGGAUUAUAUCUCCCAUUAAUUUCAUACAUUAAAAUGUUUGUUUUAGGAAGUGAAAUGAAGUUUAAGCUAUUACAAACAUUAGAAUGAUCAGAAACACACUGGCAAGUUUCAAAUGUUACCAUGACAAUGACAUCAAAUGCCGUGUUUGCCCUUUUUGGUUGGAAAAUGUCAUGUCAGCGGCAAAAAAAUGCUGUGAUGCCCUACCUGGUUUGCCAUGACACCUUGCCCAAUUUCUGUUAUUAAACUGAAGACAACACUUACCAUACCACCCAAAAAUUAAAAUACAUCCCCUGUACUGGAUAUAAAGACACUGAUACUCAAAAAUGGAACCAUGUCUUAUGUUCCCUCGGCUCUAUCUCUAACCCUAACCCUAACUUUAAAACAUUCAUUCGAUAGAACAUAGUGUUGGGGAGAAAUAGAGUUGAGGGAACACAGAGCUGACCCCCUCAAAACUAAAAUGUGUUUAACAUAUAAUUUUAGCCGUUAAAGAGGCAUUAGUUGGAAACAUGUUAUAGUAACAGCAAACAACGAAUGAUCCCUUUAAUGGUAUUUUGUUUUUAUACAAUAUCUUCUCUUUAUUGUUGAUAAUACUGAGGUUAUAGCUUCUUUGUCAAUAUUAGCGAAUUACAACUGCCUCAUAUAUAUAUAUUGAAAAUCUUGGUGAUAACUUGCCGUAGGCAGUUGUUAAGCUAAAAAUGUAUUGUGGAAGAAAGUACUUAUUUCGGAAGUGAAGAGUACAGUCCCCUUAUUAGGAACUCUGAAGAUUGUAGCCUUAAAAGUGUUUUGUAGCAUGGAGCUCCUACCUGCGACUGUUCGGAAGUUCUUAAGUGUUCAUUAUUGUAUGUAGUGUGCGUGUACAAACAACUAAUAUACUAAUUGUGCCUUUCUUUAAUAUGAACAACUUUCACGUCUAGGGUGAUGAGUACUGCAACUAAUGGUGCUCUUUGUUUGUCAAGGGUUUUGUCAUUAUCAGUUUAUCAUCAUUGCACAGAAUUGCUUCAUUAAAAAAAAAAAAAAAAAUAUAUAUAUAUAUAUAUAUAUAUAUAUAUUGUGACUGUUA